AUGAACCAGUCUCCCAUGCUCUCGUGUCCGCUCAAGCAGACCAGCGAGAUCGACUGGGUCCAGCCACUCAAGGAUUAUAUCCGCACCGCCUACGGUGACGACCCAGACAGAUACCAGGAAGAAUGUGCCACGCUGAACAGAUUGCGCCAGGAUAUGCGAGGCGCGGGCAAGGAUAGCGCAUCAGGGAGAGAUUUGUUAUAUCGAUACUAUGGACAGCUGGAGCUGCUGGAUCUUCGGUUUCCCGUGGAUGAGAAUCAUAUCAAGAUAUCGUUUACAUGGUACGAUGCCUUUACGCAGAAACCGACGUCGCAAUACUCGCUUGCAUUCGAGAAAGCGUCUAUAUUGUUUAACAUCUCCGCCGUCCUUUCCUGCCACGCCGCGAACCAGAAUAGAGCCGAUGAUACCGGGUUAAAGACGGCGUUCCAUUCGUUUCAAGCGUCAGCUGGCAUGUUUACAUAUAUCAAUGAGAACUUUCUGCACGCGCCUUCGACGGAUUUAAGUCGGUCGACAGUCAAGGCUUUGAUCAAUGUCAUGCUAGCGCAGGCACAGGAGAUAUUCCUGGAGAAGCAGACCGCUGACGGGAAGAAGGCAGGUGUCCUUGCCAAACUUGCAAGCCAGGCUGCAUGGUUGUACACGCAGGCCGCAGAGACAGUCCAAGAAUACGUCGGAAAAGGGUUUUUUGAAAAAGUUUGGUCGCUCGUGAUACAGGCAAAGGCAUCGCACAUGGCAUCGGUCGCGAGUUUUCAUCAGGCCAAGGCUGAUUCAGAGAGCAACUCACAUGGAGUUGCUAUUGCGAGGCUACAACUAGCAGCAAAGUUAUCUGCUGCAGCGGUAACGUGGGCCAAGUCAUUUCCUUCGUCUGUGCCUGCGAAUUCCAACUUGGUUUCAGAAGACGGAGCUAGUUUGAUGGAGGAGAUUAAAAGACACCAGGCUAUUGUCGAGGAGCAGGUCUCAACGUUGAUCCGAGAUAAUGAUUUCAUCUACCAUCAACCGGUACCUAAUGAAGCUGGUCUGUCGGCUAUUGCGAAACUGGCCGUGGCCAAGGCCAUACCUGUUAGCGAGCUGUAUCAAGGGCAAGAUAUUCAGCGCAUCAUUGGUCCGGACAUCUUCCAAAAGCUAGUGCCGAUGUCUGUUACCGAGUCUGCAAGUUUAUAUGAUGAAGAAAAAGCCAAAUUGAUCCGAGCAGAGACAGAAAGAGUGGAGACAGCCAACGGAGAGAUGGCGGCCGGCCUAGACUACUUGAAGCUACCCGCCAGCUUGAAUAUCUUGAAGGGAGGUAUAGAUCAGGAAGUGACAGUCGACGAGGAAUUCCGCAGGUGGUGCGAAGAAAUGGCAGAUCAUACGGGAUUUCACAAGACACUGGACGAGUUGCAAGACAGCAAAGCCAUCAUUGUCGAUUCACUAAGCCAAUGCACGCGACAAUUGGACAUGGAGGAAAGCGUAUGCGAGAAGAUGCGAUCAAAAUACGGCGCGGACUGGACACAGCAACCUAGCUCACGUCUUACGGCGACGCUUCGUGGUGAGAUCAGAAGUUUACGGGAUACGAUUAAUGAGGCUGGAGCGAGUGAUACCCAGUUGAAUGCGACUUUGAAGCAAUACGAAGCAGAUUUCGAUGAAAUGCGGUCAGCGGGAGAGACAGACGAAGCUGAUGUUUUGUAUCAGCGGGCGAUGGUUAAAGCGGGCGCGAAGCAGAAGGUGUCUCGAAAUGGACAGGCGAGUCCGUACUCUCCGGGAAACGAGGGCUCAUUGCUUGAUGAUGUGGAGGAUGAAGGUAGUUUAUCGGUUGCGGAGCAGAUCACGAGGGUAGAGGAAUUGCUAAAAAAGUUGAAUUUGGUCAAACGUGAGCGAGCACAGGUCUUGAAGGAUUUGAAGGAGAAGGUUCAUGAAGACGAUAUAUCGAAUGUGCUCAUCCUGAAUAAAAAGUCUUUAGGUAACGGACAAGAACAGCAAUUAUUCCAGGCAGAGUUGGAAAAGUUCAGACCUUACCAGAAUCGUAUCAUCAAGUCGAACCAUACACAAGGCUCGCUGAUGAAGGAACUUACAAGGACAUAUGGCGAUCUUUUGCAGGAUAAACGAGUUCGAUCUGAGCAGUCGAAAUACGAGACUAUAACACGACAACGGAACACGGUAAUGGCGCGAUACAAGAAAAUCUAUAAUGCUUUCCGCGAUUUGGUCACGGGCGUAUCUCAAGCAACCAAGUUUUACAAUGAAAUGCAAGAAACGGUGGAUAACCUACGCAAGAAUGUAGACACAUUCGUCAACAACCGCCGAUCCGAAGGAGCGCAACUACUCAGCCAAAUCGAGCAGGACAAGAACAACAGUGCUUCAGGACAGGAAGACCGCGAACGAGAGAAGCUGAGACAGCUGAUGGAACGAUUAUCGACCGAACCAGCAGCCGCCCCGAGGAAUACAUCACCAACGAAACAAUCCCGACCCCAGCCUCCAGUCAAAGUCGCCGGCAACAGUACAAAAUCGCCAUCACCACCCCGUCACCACGCAACACCUGUAGCACCUCCACCAUCCCAAUCACCCGCCCCAAAUCCAUACGGACAGUACCCGCCCAGCGCAAUGGCAGGGUACUACGGCGCAACCCCCAUAUCCGCCUUCCAACAAGGCGCCGCCACACCUCUCUCAGGCGGAUACAAUCCCAUGGCAUAUCCAUACCAAACACCCGUCUCCCCACCUCCCAAUCAAGCCGGUUUAUACUACCAUCAACACCAUCACCCUGGAACAUCAACAACACCCGUCCCCGUACCCUCAUACCCUGGCUACCCAACUGCCGGGACACCCGCCCCUCCUCCACCAUCACAUACACCCCAAUUCAUUCCACCGGGCUACAUACCCCCUCCACCCCCUCCCCGACCAGCAGAAACCCAAUACCCGCCUUCGACAGGCGGUGCGUACCCUUCUGGUCCGGGCGGUUAUGCACAGAGUCGACCUGCUUAUGGUGCGGUUCAGCCGCAUCAACACCAGCAUAAAGGAUCACAGCAGUUGCAGAGUCAGACAUCACCUAAUAAUGAUCCGUGGGCGGGGUUGAAUUCUUGGAAAUGA